AUGGCCCCUCCAAAGAUCUUCUCUCUCGAGGGCAAGGGUCUGAAGUUGGACUCAGCUGCGGACAUCGAGGCCCAUAUCAAGCCACUCCUCGAAAGCACCGACUACACCGAAAUUCGUCUUGGAGGAAACACUUUGGGGGUUCCCGCGUCCGAACGUCUCGCCGCCGUCCUUUCCACGCAAAAGAGCCUCGAAGUGGCCGAGCUUGCGGACAUCUUCACCUCACGUCUACUCAGCGAAAUUCCUGACGCCCUUACUUUUCUCCUCAAUGCGCUUCUCGAAAUCUCGACUCUCCACACCAUCAAUCUUUCCGACAAUGCUUUCGGUGCCAACACUCAAAAGCCCCUCGUCGACUUCCUUUCUCGCCACACCCCUCUCCGCCACCUGAUCCUGAACAACAACGGUAUGGGACCUGAGGCUGGGUCGAACAUCGCCAAGGCUCUUACUGAGCUUGCAGAGCGCAAGGAAGAGGCGCGCAAGGACGGCAAGGAAGUUCCUCUGCUGGAGAGCAUCGUGUGCGGACGCAACCGUUUGGAAAAUGGCAGUAUGGCUGCUUGGGCGCACGCCUACAAAGCCCAUGCGGCCGGUAUGCGGUCCGUCAAGAUGACUCAGAAUGGAAUUCGUCAGGAAGGUAUCUCUCACCUGCUAAAGGAAGGUCUCCGUCACGCCAGUGCUCUCGAGGUUCUCGAUCUGCAGGACAACACCUUCACUGUUACGGGAUCUACUGCCCUUGCUGGUGUGGUCGGUGGAUGGCCUUCUCUCCGCGAACUCGGUGUCGGCGACUGCUUGCUCUCCGCUCGCGGAGGCGUCAAGGUCGCUCAAGCCCUUGCCGUGGGUAAGAAUGAAAAGGUUGAAACUUUGCGCCUCCAGUACAAUGAUAUCUCAGCGGAGGGUAUCAAGCAAUUCUUGCACGCUGCCAAGACCGCACUUCCAGCGCUGCGCCGUAUUGAGCUGAACGGAAACAAGUUCCAGGAGGACGACAACAGCGUGACCGAAUUCAGCGAGCUCCUAGAGUCCCGAAAGGAGGAGCAUGGCAAGGAUGAUGACCCUGAGGAUAUGUGGGGACUCGACGAGCUUGAUGAGCUUGAGAGCGAAGAGGAAGAGGAGGAGGAGGAGGAAGAAGAGGAAGAAGAAGAAGUGGCCGAGAGGGUUGUCAAGGACGCUGAGGCUGCAGAGAAUGAAAAGGUUGCUCAGAAGCAGGACAACGAAGUCGACAAUCUCGCGGAGGCUCUGGGCAAGACCGGCAUCUAA